AGAAAUUAAUGCGUACUUUCCAGAAAUAUCCAUACUUUCCAGAAUAUGACCGCCGGCAUUAAUUCGCCCUAAAGGGCAAAAUCAGCCAUCCCUCGCUCCUCUCCCAUCGGCGACCGCACCCCGACCGGCCACCGCGCCUCCACCGGCAGCCACCGCGCAAGCUCUUCUUCCACCGCCGAAUAUCAACGAGACAUUUAGAAGCAUGGUGCCCGGGCUUGAUCUUCCCGAGGAAGAAGCUAGAAGAGUUAUAGAAACAAUUGCAUCCUCUGGGACAUUCUGGAUUGAAUGGGAUCAAGUGAAGACUAUUCUAUCUGUUAAAUUGAAGCAGGUAUGGGGAGAUUAUCCCGAAGCAAAAAUGACCACUGAAGAGCAAAGCGCUUCUUUGGGAGAGACCCACCAAGAGUUGGUAACAAGGUUGGAUGAAGCUCUUCUCAGCUUCGAUGAGGGUCCACCAUUCACCCUUCAAAGGCUAUGUGAGAUACUUCUAUCUGCACAGAGCAUAUAUCCAAAACUCUCAAAGCUUGCUUUAGCACUUGAAAAGAAUCUGCUGGUCACGUCUAUGUUGACAAGCUGUUCCAACCAGCAAAUGAUGAUACAGGAAUCUGAGAACCCAAAGAAGGCCGGUGAAGAGGUUAAGAUGCAAUCUAGCUUAGAGCAAGAAGGAAUUGAUGUUGUCAUGGGGGACAGAGAUGUAACAGUGGCUGCGAUGGAGGAGGCUGAUGUUGAAGAGGGUAUAUCUGCUGAUAUGGACACCUUCGGAGAAAUAGUUGGCCCAUCAGAAACAAGUUCUCCCCCGCCCAUUACUCCUAGUUGAUUUUCUGGUUGAACCGGUUCAUUUCUUCUUUCUGCACAGAGUGCUGAGGCUUGUCCAAUGUCACGGCUUGGUGAGAGCGGGCUUUGAUUAUGGAUGGCAUCGUUUCUUCCAUGCUGCAGCGGUGAGGGAAACCACAUAGUGCGUUCUAAGAUAUCGUAGAUGACACUGCUGGUGAUUUAAUUCGAGGGAGGAUCCCCAUGUUUUAGCUCACAUUAGUCAAAUUUGUUAUCUUUUUAAAUUUAUGGAUUACUAAAAUGGUAAUGUUGGUACAUAAAGAUACGCUCUAUGCUUAUCUGACAUUUUGUUAUGCGGGACUAUUAAAAUUUAUUUUCAGCAUUUCGUAUCUUGUUAUCUAAUCAAGGAGCUUUUUGUCUA